GUUUGCUGGUCUGUUCGUCAUCUAGCACCAAUUUCAGAUACCCAACUCUUCACUUUCUCUCUCCUCUCUUCCCCACCACUUUCUUUUAAAAUUACUCUUUACUCUUCUCCUUUGUAAAUUUUUUAAACAACCACAAAAUCCAACCUUUAAUUAUUAAAUAAACUAAAAUAAAAACACUGUACUACAUUUUUAGUAGUAAAACCAAACAAAACCACAUGUACUUGAGCUCUCCCACAAGAUCUGUACUCCCUCAUCUUCUCUUAACCUUGGAGUUUUUCUGACAAACUUCUCCAGCAAAACCCAGGUUUUGAGGCGUUGAAAUCUGAAGUUUUGGUGAAUCAUUUAAAAAUGGAGUCUGAAAUUGCAGCUGAUGCAUUACUAGAUUAUGUUACAUUUCAAAUUUUGCCAGAAAACAGAUAUGGCGCAUGCAUAUGUAGUGAGGAGAAAGAGGAAAUGGUUGGGGAUGGUCCUCUUGAGCAGCUCUUGGAACAUGUACCCUACAUAAAGGAUCAAAUCGUUAAAGGAUCCUGUGAUAACUUCAAAUUAGAGUUACCCAAUCCCACUGGUGACAACGGAUGGUUCACAAAAGCCACGUUAACGAGGUUUCUUCAUGUGAUUGGUUCCCCAGAUGCACUUAAUAAGUCAAUUGCUGUCAGUAACGAGAUGUCCCAGCUGGAGGAAACGAGAAAGUUUCAUCUUUCAUUACAUACCCAGGGCGAUAGGAGUGCGUCAUCAGAUAACUCAAAGGAUGAGUUAGUUCGGGCGAUGGACUCCAGAAUUGCAGCGUUGACAGAAGAACUGGUUUCAAAUUUCAACGUAGCAGCUGGAGCUGCAUUCUCCACUCGUGAGAUGAUUGAUCUCCAAGGAUUUUGUCAACACUUUGGUGAUGUAGAUGUCAGAAAUUUACUGUUGAAGUUGUCAGAAAGGAGUCCUAAAGGUCAGACCAUUGUCUCUGAGAACAAAAAGAAGUCUCCUGUACCAUUUGUGUCAAAAAGUGACUUUGUAAACAAGAUUAGUGGAAAUAUCCAUAUAUCGGGACAAUCAAAUUCACUGAAACCUGUACAAUACAAUGCAUCGCCAGCAAAAGCUGCUGAGAUUGAGAGGCAAAGCUCGGCAGGAAGUGAUGACUCAUCCUUCUCAAGUGAGGAUGAUCAGCCAUCUGCUGUUGAAAGAAGCCGAACUCUUGUAAGAUCCGCUUCUCCACGGCGAUCUGCAUCUCCAAUGCGAAAGAUCCAAAUAGGUAGGUCGGGAUCUCGUCGGACUCCUGCCCUUACUAUUAAAAGCCUUCCACAUUUUCCUGCCAGAGAGAGAAUUUCGUCUUACAGGGAUUCAGGCAAUGAUGGUACAUCGGAAGAGCAUGGGGAACCUAACAAAAAGACAGAGAUCAAUGUGACUAGGAUGAGUGUCCAAGAUGCUAUCAGUCUGUUUGAAAGCAGACAGCGAGAUCAAACAGUUGAGAGUCAGAAAAAGUCUGCAAUGGAUAAUUCUACAAACACAAACAAGGCGGUGUUAAGGAGAUGGAGUUCUGGGAUGAGCGAGUCUCAAAAGUCCAUGACUCAGAACACAAUGGAGUAUACAACUUCAGAGAAUAAUGCUGAAGAAGAGGAUGCUCAAAGAAGGGAAGAAAUAAAUCUGGAUACAUUUCCUCCCGAAAUUCAGGAGUUGGAGGAGACUAUGAAAGUUAAUAUGGAAUUAGAGGAAAGCAAAAGUAUUGCAGUAAACCCAAGUGAAGAUGAGGGUCCAUUGAGUCAGACGGAGGAGACGUGUGAAAAAUUAGAUUCUGCUGAAUGGAACAGAAAAAAAGAAGAAGAAUUGAACAAGAUGCUGAUGAAAUUUGCAGAGUAUAAUAACCUCAGCAAUCAAAAGAACACAGAGCCCGAUAACAACAAAAUCCGUGUUCCUAGCUUGGGGCAAAGUGUUGGACUUAAUGGUCACCGAAAGGAGAAGAAAGAUGAAAAACUGACCGGGGAGAAGUCUGGAAAGAGAGUAGAAAAACAGUCUGGCAUCAAAACAAAGCAAAGAGUUCCAGAUAAGCCUAAGCCAGAAAAUUCUUCUGCUAGGGCUACUGAUAUAGGAAAGAAACUCCCUGCAAGCAGAACUCCAAAUAUCAACAAAAAUGCGCCCGUCUCUUUGAACUCCAAAAAGGAAUCACCGAAACCGGUUGUGCAGAAGAAGGUCCCAUCUAAAUAUUCUCCCCUGCCUGCCACUAGGAAAUCAUGGCCAUCAACACCUUCCCCAAGAACCACAGGGGCUUUGCCAACUAAAAGUCCAACAGUAACACCCUCUUCAGUUACAUCAGUAUCUCGUCAAAAAUCUCAAUCUGUAACACCUCGUCAGAAACCCCAAUCACCUGUGCCAGUUUCACGGCCUAUCCCCAAGUUAGAAAAACCCCAGCCACAGCAGAAAGAUUUUAAAAAGCAACAGCUUGAUACGAAAAAGAAUUUGAAGAAAGUGGAUGACAGUAAAACCAGCGCGGUGCCGAAACGUGGUAAAACAUCAAAGAUAAAACCAUCGGUGGUUCCUGAAAAGGCUGCUGCUGCUGCUGCUGUGAGUCCAGCAAAAGCAGUUGUUCGUAAGAAGGUGACAAAGAAGAGUAGUGUGGUACCACUUGAGGUGAAGUCAUCUGUUCGCAAGGUCUCAGAAAAAAGCCCCGCAAGAAGUCCUGCUAGUCAAAAGAGAGAGAUCCCUCAAGUGGAUGAAACUUUGAGCAAAUCUGAAGAUCCUGUUAAUGAUGAAGAGAAUGUUGAGACUGUUACUUCAGAUACAAUUCAUUUGGUAAUGCCUCAAGAAUUGGAAACCCAGAAUGAUCAUCUUGAACUAAAAGGAGAAUCAGAAACUAAAAAUCCUGAAAAUGGUGAUGGAACAGAGUUUUCCUUUGAAGCCCCUGCUCAAGGUGAUGGUGAGAGAAUAUUGGAGUCGCCAGCAAAGAUUCAGAUUCAGCUGGCACAAGAGUCACUAAUAUCACCAGCUGCUUGGGUGGAAAGCGAUCCGCAAGACACAACUGUUCCAAUUGGUAACAGCUCCGACUCAUCUUUGGCAAAUCUUGAUGAAGUGCCCUUACCUGGAACGAGAGUACGUCAUUCACUAUCGCAGAUGCUACUAGAAGAAACCAGUGAACCUGAUAUAAUUGAGUGGGGAAAUGCUGAACAUCCGCCUUCCAUGGUUUAUCAGAAAGAUGCUCCGAAAGGCUUUAAGAGACUUCUGAAGUUUGCUCGAAAGAAUAAAGAAACUAAUGGAGCUACUUGGGCAAGCCCGUAUACUUCUGAAGGAGAGGAUGAUGGCGAUGAAUAUAGAAACCUUGGUAAGAGAAACUCAGACAAUUUGCUGAAGGUUGCUCUUCAUUCAAACUAUGCAGAAGGUUUUCUGUCUGAUUCUGAACCGCAAUCUGCACGAUCGAACGCAAGCAACAGCUCUGCUAGAAGUUCAAAUAAGUUCCAAGAUGGCCACGCAUCUUCUAAAGGUGCACGAUCUUUCUUCUCUCUGUCAGCAUUCCGCGGCAAAAAUUGAGACUGCCUUGUGAACGUCAGGGAGAUGCCUAAUUUUUGGGAUAAUAAUUCAUUGUGUGGUUUGCUCCCUUUUGUAUGCUAAAUAUUUUCCUUGUGCAGUUUAUUAAUUUGUAUCAAGCAAUGCAGUGUAAUGUUAUUAUUCAAUGGCAUUCUUCGGUGAUCUGGAUGAUCCAGAAUGUAUAUGUAAAAUGUAGAGUGAGCAACAAGAGAGAUCUUCUAGGACAUAGAACAGGCUGUGUAGAGAUUACAUGUUUCCAGUUCAGAAAUACUACUUACAUUACAUAGUUUACCCUUAUUGAUA